UGUUUUUAAAAAGGCUCGGCAGCGCUCCGGUGGAUCAGUCUGCGCACGAGAACUUCUGCUGGAGAAAAGUACAGAAACCGGGAAACGGGAGAGGAGAUAGAGAGAGAGACAGAGAGAGAGAAGAGAAGAAGACGAAGAAGAAGAAGUUUGAGAUUUUUGCGCAAAUAAUUUUGCUUUUUGCUCUUGCAGAGGACAACAUCUCUGAAAGAGAAAGAGGAUAGAAACAACAACACAAGAUAUUUUUAAUUUUAUUUUUUCCUGUGCAUUUCGUUUAAACUCUUUAUUUUCAUUUUGUUUUUGUUUUCCUUGCAGCAGGGUGCACGCGGCGCCGCGUCCAUGCCUGUGCGUGUUUUCCACAGAUAGCAACACUCUCUGGAUAAAGACUCUUGGCUUUAGCUUUAAAAAAAAAAAAAAUCGGAUUAUCAGACUGAGGCAUUGUGCUCAUUAGUCCAGUCUCCGCGUGUUUCCCCCCUCCCCCUCCUCCUCCUCGCAUUCGAGGUUUUUAUGCUCAUACCUGAAGAGAACACCGACAAUGUUUCUGAGCGCCUGCCUCCUGCUCACGUUUCUCUUGGGGCUGACCGGCUGCUGGGGCUCGUACGUGCCGUGCGAGCCCUGUGACCAGAAGGCGCUGUCCAUGUGCCCCCCGGUGCCGGUCGGCUGCCAGCUGGUCAAGGAGCCCGGCUGCGGCUGCUGCCUCACGUGCGCCCUGUCCGAGGGGCAGGCGUGCGGCGUUUACACCGGGACGUGCACCCAGGGACUCCGGUGCCUGCCGCGGAGCGGCGAGGAGAAGCCGCUGCACGCGCUGCUCCACGGCAGGGGCGCGUGCACCAACGAGAAAGGAUACAAGCCGGCCCGCCGGCCCAUAGAACGCGAGUCUCGAGAGCACGAGGACGCCGCCGCCGCCGACAUCAAGGAGGAGAUGCAGCAGGCCAAAGUGCCGCUGCUUCCCAAAGACAUUGUGAACAGUAAAAAAGUCCACGCGCUGCGCAAGGAGCAGAAGAGGAAGCUCGGCAAACAGCGCUCCAUGGGCUCCCCCAUGGACUACUCCCCUCUGCCCAUCGACAAGCACGAGCCCGAAUUUGGUCCAUGCAGGAGGAAACUGGACGGCAUCAUUCAGGGGAUGAAGGACACUUCUCGUGUGAUGGCUCUGUCUCUCUAUCUCCCAAACUGUGACAGAAAAGGAUUCUUCAAGCGCAAGCAGUGCAAGCCGUCUCGCGGCCGCAAGCGAGGCAUCUGCUGGUGCGUGGACAAGUACGGCGUCCAGCUCCCCGGGACAGACUACAGUGGCGGGGACAUUCAGUGUAAAGACCUGGAGAACAGCAACAGCAACAACAACGAGUGAAAAGACCCCCAAGCCCACUCCCCACUCCCCCCCCCCCCCACCACCACCCAUUUAACCGCCCCGUUACCCGGGGCCCAUGUCUCCUCUCUGAAUCACACCCGUGUGCUCCACCCUCUCCAUUGGCUUCGAGAUUUCUGAACAUUUCUGGGGGGGGAAAGGACAAAAAAAUCAACAAAAACAAAAAUGAAAGGCCAGGCUGAAAAAAAGACACCUGACUAUUGCUCGUGUGAGGCGGACCCCUCUGGCUUUUGCAAAUCCAUGAAAAAAUAUAUACGCACACGAUGGAUAUAAUUUUGUAUUGACACUCGUACGACGUAAAAAACGACACAAAAUCAAGUGUGAAGAAAAUCCCAAAAAAUUAUCAGGCACAUCGAUUUGAAAACAGAGACGUGUUUCUUAGGCCGUGGAACACGGCGCCACUGUGGAACUGUUGAUUGGCAAAAAAAAAAAAAAAAUUUGUUUUUGUUGUUGUCGUCCGUUUUCCAAAAAAAAACAAUAGAUAGGGAUAUGCUGUAACAGUUGACUCUAUCUGGAUACGUGGUUUCUGUCAGAGCACUUAAUGAAGAGGAGGAACCUGCUUAGAUAUAUGUGUAAAAUGAUGCAUGCAUGAAUGUGUGUGUGUACAGUGUGUGUGGUAUGUGAUGGAGCCUAUUCCAAAAAAAGAAUGGCCUUUUUUUCCCCCUUCUCUUGUUGGAUUUUUGUCACGAGUAACGCUGGCGCUUGACGUGGUCUUCGGGCUGGCCUUCUCUGUAACCGAUGUAAAGACGCGCCUCGGGACUCGGGAGCGUUUAUUAAAAAAAUAAAAAUAAAAAGGUGGUCCCGGAUGAACCCAUCUGCGUAAACUCUUCGAUAAUGUAGCUAGCCUGAUAUGCCAACUGUGCCUAUUUUAAACGGACACUGCCAUGAGGGGCGGCAGAGAGCUCCGAGCCUUGGGACUCAAGUUCCGAGUCCCGUCUUUUUUCGAGUCGAGCGCGUAAUCAAAACUCAGCCAGUCGGCCCCCCCGUCGCCUCUCGGAUUCUUGUCGUGUGAAGUGUAGUUUUUGUACGUUUUUCUUUUGUUUUUUUUCCGUUUGCGCCGUUUACUUUGCCUUCAGUAAAGUAAAGACUGCCCGACUUUUUUGAGCCAUGUUCCUUUUUAUCGAGUGGUUUCUCCCCUCAGUACCUGCUACUACAGUGUAACCACCUGUGUAUUACAUUACUUUUUUUUAAAAAUAGUUAUUGAAUGUUUGUUUUUUUGCCUGUAGAAAACAUAGUAUGACAACAAUGUAAUUGUGCUUGGAAAAAAAGAAGAAAAAAACACGAUUUAUUAGCCCGUAAAGUUCCUCGUAGCCCCCAUCAGAAUGACCAUGAGGGUCAUUGGGGCUACCGGGCCAGUCAAAAGAAGCUAACCCUCUGGAAGCCUUCCGCUCACAUGCCUCCUCCAGGUGGUACAUCUAAAGGUGGAGCAUGAUCACAACUACAACAAGGUUACAGGUUAUACAACAGGGUCAUUUUAAAGUUGAGUUUCUUCUCUCUGUGUGCAAGUCACAGUGCCUUCCUACAUGCAAUUACAUUUAAACAGUGACGUGAAAGUGAACUGGGCAAUUUUUUGAUUUUUCAGACAACCCCCCCCCCCCUCCCAACCAAAAAUAGAAAAUAAUCAGGAGUUCAACGAUCAUACAUUUUAAGCUAUGAUUCAUGCUAAUGCAUAUUGCCAGAGAGGGGAAGCCAGAGGAUGUUUUUGUAGGUAAAUCAAACCACGUCCUCCCAAAAGAGAAAUGCAUCCUUAAAGGCUUCCGGGUUGUGAGUAUAUAUAUAUACGGAUAUAUAUAUAUAUCCGUAUAUAUACAUGUAUUACCGAGAAUCCUCGCCCCACUUCCAAACACGAAAAAUCCCCACUACCACUUUCGAAGAAAAAAAAUAAAGCAGCUUGCACUUAUUUCAGUUACUCACUAUUGAUAUUGACACACAACGGCAUCCUAAGAUGUGGUUUCACGAAGUUUGUGGAACGAGAAAAAAAUAUAUAUAUGAAAAAAAAGAACAAGAAAAAAAAAAAAAAACUGCCACAAAAGCUAAACGUUGCGUUAUCUUUUGCGCUCGCUUUUUAAAGGUGGAGCUUCGAGGUAAUAUUGUUUGUCGACAGGGGCUGUGCAGCCCAUGCCCCGGGACCUCCGAUAACGACGAAACAUCCUUUAGGGAGGAAUAGAAUUUAAAAAAAAAAGUAACACAGCAGCUAGAGAUGUUCUCGUGGCCAAUUGCACAGAGAUGAGAGUCGAGAAGGAGAUAAAGGAGAGAGAGAGAGAGAGGACGAGGGAGCCGCGCCAUGGGCAGUGGUCAUAAUCAGGGCCUAGCCACUCCCCCCCCCCCGGAUAUGGGGGGUCACCAAUUGCAUGACAUUAGAUUACAGUUAGAGAGACAGUCACCGGGAGUCACGGAUAUCUGGGGAAUGCAAUACGGGAACGAGGAAUUGAGUAUCACUUUUUAAUUUGGUACUAUAUACUAUAUAUCUGACAUUUGGGAAUGUUCACUGUCUGGGUGAAUACUUCAAUGUUCCAGGUAUUUCUCUACUUCCUGUUUUUGCGAGUACCCACUUCCUCAGGUUUCACGUCUCCUACUUGGUUUAAAAAAAAAUCAUAUUCACUUUUCAUAAUUCAGUAGCGCAGUAACGACAGUACAGCAUUUUUUUUUUUCCUGAGUACAUAACACUUUUUCCAGAUGUGACGAGUCGACACAAUUGGGUUUUCCAUAAUUCUGGUGUGUUCACUGGCUUGUGAAAUGGACCCAUCGGUGGCAAGGAGGACAGUGGGAAAUAAAAAAAUGAUCAGUAUUUGGAACUACAUGAAAAAAAAACAGAUGAGAGAAAAAAACAAAAAAAAUCUCAAAUUAUUAAAAGUGAAUAUCACUGUGUAAUAUUUAUUCAACUUGUAAUUUAUGUACUCUUUUUAACCUUUGUCUUUUUGUUUCUUUUUUGUUAUGACAAAGCAUUUAUUUAAAUAAAGUUAUGUAUUCAUUUAAACACU